CUCCAGAGUCCCAGAUCCUCCUGCGGCCGUAGCGAUGUCAUUGGCCGUGGACGAGGCCGACUCGUCUGUUUCCGGCCAAUCAGAGAAGCCUGCAGCUGCAGCACAGGAAGUCCAGAUCCCCUCCGAUCCAGAACCAGAACCAGAGUCCCAGCAGAGCCUGAAGCCCGGACUAACCCAACACACCGCUGAGACUCACCAAGACUCCCAGGAGACCCAGAACCCCUCCAGACUCUCUGGACCUUCAGGACCCUCUGAUUCCUCCUCUGGAUCCUCUGGACCCUCCUCUGGUUCCUCUAGACUCUCCUCUGGAAUCUCAUCUGGAUCCUCCAGACCCUCCUCCGGACCAUCCUCUGGACCCUCGGGACCCUCUGAGCGGGACCAGAACCAGGUCUCUGACUCCAGAGAACAGAGAGACGAGUCUGGGUUUGAAGAGUUCACAUCAGAUGAAGCCAGCAGCGGCGAACACGGUGCUGAUCUAGGAUCCUGGUCCCGGAUCGGUCCCGCAGGUGGGCGGAGGAGAACUGGUCUCCACGGCGACGGGACUUUUUGACAGCUGAUUGGCCGACAGUUUCCCUGAGCAGCAGCAGCAGGGGGCCAUUAGACGUAGAGACAGUGUGAUGGUUAGAGCCUCUCUCAGAUCUACAGGAGCUCUUCUCUCCGUCUCUUCAACAACAAACAUCUGUUAGAGCAGAUAAGAACUAACUCUCAGAAAGAUUAAAGAGACAAAGACUACAAUCACCAGACUUUCAGCCAUAGGCAGGUACAACCAGGACACCCACUAAGAAAGCUCCAGGAUUUCUCUUAAAUCUGCCCAGUGACACGCGACAACAUACUUUACAUUAUACUUUUUGAUAUAUUUUGAAUUGUCAUCUGUGUUUUCCUUCACAUAUGCUAAAUAAAGGGAUUUCCACUGUAAAAUGAUGCAUACAAGUGUAUCAGAAUACAGGAAAUGAAGUCUUUGAUGCAUAAAACUUCCCUGGGGAAGGACACCCAGACCCCCCACUAUGAA